UCACCUAAACUCAUCCACGUUCUUGACCAAAAUGCUGAAAAUUUUGAGAAGGAAAUUCCUUUCCUCCAAAUGGAAAAGGAAUUUUAAGUUAUCAAAUAAUAACUAUGAAAGAAAAUACAUUCUUGAAUAAUUUUCCUCUCAUCUCUCUUUCUGAUCAUAAACCCUAGAUUUAACUUAGCUUCAAAUUUUACGGUUUCUUUUACUGAUUAGUUAUUAGAAGCACUGAAGAUUCCCCCUUUCCUAAUUAUUUGAAUCCAUUUUUGGUUGCUUCAAUAAUCACAAAUAAAUACGAAAAUUAUUGAAAAAAAUGAUGGGUUCAGAGAACAAUCACUCAAUCAGAGAACAGAUGGAAACCCUAAUUCUCAACGAAGACGAUGGCAGCAAGUACGAUGCUUCGAGCUCAAUAUCCUAUUCCAGUUACAGCAGUGCAAUGACCACACUAUCCUCCUCCGGUCACCCCCUGUUGACCCCGCCGUCCAUUGCCACCACCCCUACCGUGUCGGAUCCGCUGUUAUUUCCCUCUCAUGAUUCCAUUCCGGAAUCCCCUUCCUACGCUGAUGUCAUUAUCAGUCCCCUUGAGGGUAGUCCCACUGUCUCCUCCUCCGACGGAGCCAGUGGGAGCGGUGAAAUACACGACGAAUUAAGGGUAUCGCCAAGGUCCCAGCUGGAAGGCUCGGAAUAUUUGAGAAUCACGGUUUCUGAUCCAAAAAAAGAGGUUGAAUCUUCUAAAUCUAUUGUUCCUGGUGGCAACAGUUACGUUACGUAUUUGAUCACCACGAAUACAAAUAUUAAGGAGUAUGGAGGGUCGGAUUUUAGAGUCCGGAGGCGGUUUAGGGAUGUUGUUACGCUUUCUGAUCGCCUGAGUGAAGGCUAUAGAGGAUAUUUUGUUCCGCUAAGGCCUGAUAAAAGUGUAAUGGAAAGCCAGGUGAUGCAAAAGCAAGAGUUUGUGGAACAGAGGAGAGUUGCGUUGGAGAAGUACUUGAGGAGGCUUGCAAUGCACCCUGUGAUUAUGAAGAGCAAUGAGUUAAAGGAGUUUCUAACAGUGGAGGGGAGGAUGCCUCUGUCAUCAAAUGACGUUGCCUCAAAGGUGCUUGACGGGGUGGUAAGGCUGCCAAAGCAGCUGCUGGGGGAGUCGAGGAGUGUAGUUGAGUCGCAGGAUGAGGUGGAGCCAGCCAAGGGCAGAAGGGAUUUUAUGAGGCUGUUCAAGGAGUUGAAGCAGUCAGUUGUGCAUGAUUGGGGCAGUUCAAGGCCUCCCGUGGAGGAGGAGGAUAAAGAAUUCUUGGAGAAGAAGGAGAAGUUGCAUGAUAUGGAGCAGCAACUUACUAAUUCUUCUAAACAGGCUGAGUCACUGGUUAAAGCACAGCAAGAUAUGGGGAAUACAAUGGGAGAAUUGGGGCUAGCAUUUAUUAAGUUGACAAAGUUUGAGAAUGAACAUGCCAUAUUGAAUACUCAAAGAGCGAGGGCUGCUGACAUGAAAAAUGUUGCAACUGCAGCUAUCAAAACAGGCAGAUUGUAUCGAGCAUUAAAUGCACAGACUGUGAAGCAUUUGGUAAGUGCUGCAUUGUUGUUGUGGGUCAUUAUUGUGUGAUAAGUUGAACAGCUA